CAUUUCCAUACCAAGCACAACACCAAUGCUCCCCCGAUAGCUCCUCGAAAGGAGGACCAAAAGCACCCAAGAUGAGGAAUAUCGAAAAGCUUAGCAAGCUCUCCCCGCGCGCCUUCGAACUUGCACAACGAACCGUUCACAUAAAAAUGUUUCCCACAGCCAGCAGCUUCGCCGAACGACGAGAAGUCCUCCGCGUAAUGGAACAAUUCGGAGAGGUUGUCCUGUUCCGCUCCCACAAAGUACUCUAUCCCAUCUCCCUUCUUCGAAAUAGCCUCUAACCAACCCCAACAGUACUCCCCACGACUCCCAGUCCACAACUCCUUCCUCCUAACCUACACCAACCCCACCUCUUCCAACAACGCCCUCAAUAAUUCCCCAAUCCACUACCGUCUCCUCACCUACCCACCAUCAGCCCCUCUCAGCGCAGCCCAACAGAUAGAAGCCACCCUGGCACCACUCGACCCCGCCACUCUCCCUCCCCCUCCACCCCCCGUAGAAAAAACCUUUGAGCUCCACAUCAACAACACCUCCUUCGACCACAUAAAGCACAUACAAAGCCCCAGAACCAACCCGCUCUACGGAUCUUUCACUCCCGUCAAGCCAUCGAUUUCCUACAUCGCCGCCUCCCUUGAGGCCGUGAUCCCCCCCUCAAUCUUCGCGCCCGGCCUGCGGGACUGGGAGACCGAGACGGAGAGCAUAAAUAAUGCAGGAACUGACGGUCAGAAUAUCGCAGCGAUCUUUGCACAACGGGAGAGGAGGAGACAGGCUAGGAUGCAGCCCAGAGUUUUGCGAGGAUUGAUGAAUUUACGGAGGGAGUGGGAGGAUAAGCAGGUUGCCUCCGCAACGAAGAAUAAGGCUCCUUGAAGAAGUCCACUGAAAGCGAAAUAAGAACGACGCUUUUCCGACGCCUGAAAAGGUAGUGUCGGAUCGAAUGCUCCGAGGAUUGAGCCCCGUAAUCUGAUCGUAUAAGCGCAGAAACACGUCCGGGACAAUUCCAAAACUUCAGAGAGCUGGUUUUGGAUCUGGCAAAUAUCUACUUUUGCCAACUCAGCCAGCUAAAGCAUGGACGAAAUGAGAAUUGUAUCGGAAUCUGUUUAUGAAUAGCAUCUGGGCGCCGAGAAGCCCAUGAAAUGAGAGAAUGCAAGGAUUCAGGGAUUUUCUACCGCACGUCAUAGGACCUUUAGAUUCUCGGAUCCGAUGUAUGCCGUUGCCAAAAGGUGGACUCCACAUGUAUCACGACAUUGUAAUACUUUUUGUACAGCAACCGCUUCGUAUCAAUAGUAAUAGGGAGAUCUGUACCAUAGGAUACACAGGCAGAGCCGUCUCAAAAUUGAUCUCAAGUCACCAAGCCUCGAGUCCAUACCAAGUAAGAAGUAAAAUCUUUACAAAACGACACCCCGAAAGCUAUUUCAAUCACAUCAUGGGGGACAAUUAUGAAGUUUGAUACCAAUAGUCAAUUUCUAGGAUUCGUUCAAAGUCCUACCUCCACAAUUCUCAUCAGCAUCAAAAACCAUCAGACAGUCCUAAAAGUGCUCGUCCAAUACCAAUUUCCCCACCCACCACCAACAUUUACCGUUUCUUGCAAUCCUCUCCUCGCACCAAACGCCUUCCAAAUUCCAUCCACACAGUACAACAAUUUGCCAAUGACAACGAGGACCAAGUCCUUUAAUGAUUCCUUCAAGCCUCUCUCCCGAGUUCCAGGUUCAACAUUGUCCGCCAGGAAGGCUACCCUCUUUCUUGGUUUCUUCCACUUGCUCUCGCCCCUGUUCUCCUCCUCGGACCCUCGUUUCCCGCCAGACUAGACAGUUCUCUCCUCGAGUUCCGCCUAUUGCCCAGAUCCUCGCCUGUAAAUCUCAAUCUAUCUUCGUCGUUGGCAUUUCCUUGAGGAUGGUACUUUUGAACACGAUCCCCUUGCCCAUUUCCUUGAUCUUGGUAUAGCAAAGCUGGAUCCAUUUUCUUCUUUCCAAAGAACUCCUCUACCUCCUCAACCAUAACCAUAUUCGGAUGCUUAGCCUCCAUACUAUUAGCGUCCACCAGCCGAUUCUUCAUCCGAAUCUCACUCCACCUUGUCAAGCUACCCAUCUCAAGUAUACACAUUCGUCUCGUAUGAUGCGUCGGAUUUCCAAUGAUAAUCGGUCGCCAUGGUUCCUCAGCUUCCACUCCCUGAGCACGCAUAAACGCCGAUGUGCGGCGGGCAUUCUUCCAUUGUGAAAGCUCGCCCUUUUUAGAAUCUGGAAUGAUUUGUACAUCCUUGAAGCGAACGAGAACUCCGAGGAGAAGGAUGGAAAGAAUGAGGAGGAUACCAGCCAUAACUCCUGUGGCGGAUUGUUGUCCUAGGUGUCGUUCGGCAGAGCCGCCUACACCCACUGCAAUAGCAGCAAGACAGUAUCCGAGCGCUUGGGUGAUGGCGAACGCAGAUUGCACUCGUGGGAAGGAAGAGUAAUUGGUUCUUUUACCUUUCACUUUGUCACCAGCAGAACCACGAGCUCGGCCAGCCAUGCCAGGUUGAAGAUCCGAGGUGUCGAAGGUUUCCAUCAAAAUGCCAUGACAUUCUGCUAAUGCAAGGUUUGAGAGAAAACCUAUGAGGGCCGCGAACAGAAUAGGUACUAGAAAAUGGACUGGCGGUCCGGUAGAGGACAGAGUGUAUCCUAGGCCAGCAAAUGGAAGCACCAAAACGAAAAUUGCACGUCGAAGCAUAUGAGAAGACCAGCUCAUCUUCUUUUUUCUUGUGUCAUCAUCAUCUGGCCCUUUGCUAUGAGAGCGACUGAAAAGUGAUGCGUGCUGAAAUGGGAUGGCUACCAUAGCACCCAGUGGUACAGACAUAACGCUUAAUCCAACAAAAGGUGAAGUGAAUUUGUAGUACUUGGAUGUUAGUGAACCAAGAAGCUGCAAACAAUUAGUUCUCGGCAAUUUCUCCAAAAGCAGAACACAUACCACAAUAAUCAACACAAUCUGAGCGUACAUCCAGGCGACAUAUACUGCCAUCACCAUGAAGCCAGGCUGUGUGAGCAUACGAAGCGAUAGCAUGUAGCCGUAGUGCAUUUCUUCGCCCCACCAUUUAGGACCAGUCUUUACCAUAUGCAUCUUGACUUCCCCACGAGCAAGUCGACGAGAAACCGUUUCGCCACUCUUGACCUCGGCGACGGAUCGUCUGAAUGCCGAACGUCUGACUUCGGGUGUGAUGAUGUUCAGAAACAAGACUCCAGCAAUGAUGAAAAUGCUGGUGUAAAAUCCCCACGCAGGAGGGAGGUGGUUGAUGAUCAUUGCUCCAAUCAUGAAGCCAACUCCAAUGGAUCCCAUAGCGCUCCAUGUCCAUAAGCCCAACCAAAUGCCCAUACCUCCACCGUGGCGUCGGACAUCAUUCUCGUCAACGACUUCUUGAUGUGGAUUUUCGCACUGCAAGGAGGCACCAAAGAGAUCGGUAAGAGUUGCUUUGAAGUUCAUGUUUGCAAAUCCAAGGCAGAAACCCAUCAAAGCUCGGGGGAAAAUAAGACCAAUUCUCCAGUAUCUGACGUAUGGAGAUCUGAUGGACCCAACUGCAACAGCUUGCGGGAAGAGUAACGGCAUAGCAAGGGCCAUGGAGCCAAGUAUGUAUGGUUUCCUUCCAUGAAGAAGAGGCAAUGGCCAGAAGAAGAAAGUUGGAAUAGACAAUCCGAGGUAGAAGAAGACGUUCCCAAGCAGACUAUAAUGGUGGAAGUCAACAAUGUAGUACUGAAUCGCAGGUACUUCUCCAGCGUAAAUACCCACCAAGAUACCCACAAGAGCUGUGCUGAUACAUGCAACAGUUGCAACAAAUCUCUUUCGUACUGGCUUCCAAUCUCUAGCAAUGGCAGGUUUCUUGUGUGAGCGAGCGAAGCUAAAACCUUUGUGUUGAUCCUCUCUCAGGCUGAGAUGGUUCUUUCUUGAGAGGUCAUAUUCUUCGUUGUUGUUGUGUUUGCGGCGUCUUGGCUUUUGUGUUUCUGGUAAAUCCUGGGGUGGGUCGUCUCUGAGUUCAUACCCUCCGCUAUUUGGAUCUUUUGAAGGAUCGUCUCCACCCACAUAGCCUUUUCCGUUAUAGCCUCCAUUGCCUCCUCCGCCACCGUCAUUUCCACCUCCAUUUCCAUUCGGAUUUCUAGAGUCGUAGCCUCGAUUUUCUUUGGAACCUUUAUCAGGGUAAUCUUCAUUGUCAUUUGCAGUUCUGGGAUCAUAUCUUCGAUUGUUAUCCUGCUCUUGCGAACGGUCGCCCCGAGUAUCUAUAUAGCGUGGAUUCCUGCGCGGUUGGUUUCCAGGUUGACCUGCGUGAACAAAUCCAAUACCAAAAUCCAGUGCCCCACUAGAAUCGGAAGCACCACCAGUGCUGGAACUGCAUGGGAUAGAUGGACCAUUAGUAGACAAAGGCUUUGCGAUGGCUUUCGUUUUCUCAAUUGUACACUUCUCAUUAUAAUCAUCAUCA